AUGGCUAAAUUUGGAAAAACAACGAUGGCAAAGACAAAGGAAACUAAAACAUCUGCAAAAUCAGCUGGUGGAAACAAGUGGCUCAACUUCUUGAAAUCUUACCGCGAAAAAAAUGCAACCAAGAACUCGAAUAAGAAGCAAUCAGAGAUUUUGAAGACAGCUGGAGCAUUGUGGAAGUCUAUGUCUGAAGCUGAAAAGAGCAAGUAUGCAACAGGAAGUGAUGCAACAAUGAAGAAAUAAACCUGGAAGUUUAAUCAUUUUUCUCAGCACCAAAGACCAAGCUACAAAUAUGAUUCAUUCUUGUUUCUUAAUACAACUAAAGAGAUAAUAAAAAGAAACUCAAUUUCUUAUCAGUAUUAGAAAGAAGAAAAUAAAUAUUUAGAUUAAGGUUUUGAUUUAUAAAGCUUUUAAAUUUCCACAUAGAAUAAACCCUCGUCAUUAAGAUUAUUAUAAAAGGGAGAAAAAAUCGUUAUGAAUCCGCUUUUUGUGUGCCUUUAUCAUUAAGUGUGUAAUGUUGCAAUGAUGUUUGUCCGGGAUGUUAACUGCUUUUCCCUUAAAGUUAUUUCUUACUUACCCCCAAAAUGAA